AUGCGGAGAGAAGAGGGGAGUCAAAUCAGGAUGGCAGAGAUGGGCAGCCGUGAAUGGCUUGCGAGAUUGGAUGAUUGGCGAUGGUGCCAGAAAGGCAGCGUGGGAGACUCAGCCGAGAAGGCUGGGCGAGAUAUCAAAUGCCACACGGGUGGUAGAAGUGUCGUUGCAUCGCAUGUCCCAUGCUGUGCUCGUCGGUAUCCUGCUGCAAAGUUGUGCAGACCGGGGGCCUUGCCUAGCUGCCUGCCUGUUUGUCGCUUGUGCUGCUCAGUCAAUUAUCGGAACAGGAACGAGAACCUUGGUGAUGUGGACACGGAUGGACACCUGGGCUGUUGUCGGUUUCCCUCGCGCUGGUGCCAUGUUUGCUAG